AUGGAUUACGGACUUGGUGGAGGUUAUGGAGGGAGACUUAACAGUGGGGCUUAUGGCCUCUAUGCUGCCGCCAGUAAAUUAUGUGCUGAUGCUGUAGACUGUUAUAGCGGUCAAAUUUGCCAAGCCGGGAGGUGUAUAUUUCAGACUGCUGGUAUUGGAUACCCGGAAGUUGGAUAUGGAAGUCCAUACGGGCGUGGAAGUCUUUAUGGUUAUGGAUUGGGAGGGUUCUAUUCUCCCUAUUUUGGAAUGAAUUCAUUCUCAUUUUCAGCAUGUGGAGGUAUCGGUUGUCCUUUUGGCUUAAAUUGUAUACCUGGGCGAUGUUUGGGUACAAUUCCACCAUUUUUAGGCAGAAAGAAGUGAAUGCUCGCAAUAAAAAAUUAUUUUUUGAAAUUUUUCUAUUAUUUUAUGUUCACUACAUUUUUAAUA